GAAGCUAAUCAAAAACCCUAGCUAAUCAAAAACCCUAGCUAUCAACGAAGAAAGAUGGAAGGAGCAGUGCAACGUGUGAAGGCAUUGGCAUCACAAUUAAGAAGUAUGAUUAAGGACGAAAUAGAUUCCACUACUGCCAUGAUAAACCAUGUUAGGGAAAGUGUGAGAGAGGCUAUGGAAAGUGUAAGAGAGGCUAUGGAAAGGAUAGAUCAAAAACUUGCAGAGCAGGCGUCAAGGACUAAGGAGAGGAACGAGUCAGAAUCUUUCCAAACAAGUCAUCAAUCCGUGGAAUUUGUGAGACGUGAAAACAAUGAUGAGGAUGAGGAUGAAGAAUCAGAAGUAGAUGAUUUCAGCAGUGCCAUGGGAUCUUCAGAUUACAUCCAAGUAGAUGAAGAUGAAUUUCUAGAUUUCCAAGACAUGGAAAAGGAUGAAGCUGCCGGCGAGGAUGGUGCUGUCACUCUAGUUGCUGAUGUUGUGGUGGGUGGUGGUGAAGAAAACAAGUUCUAA